UGCGUGUCACCUCCCUCCUAUUAAUGAGAGUGAGGAGGAUCCGCGCUAUACCGGGCGCAUCACAACACUGGCUGCGCGCAUCCUGCGCCUCUCCGACUGGGAACUACUGCUGAGGAUUUAGCUCCGCGCUGGGAGUCUGCCCGAGGUCUUCUGGAGAGGGAAAGAGGCUGUGGGAGAGAGAGUAGAAGGUUGCAGGGUGGGGAUUUGGAGAGACAGAGCAGAGGGGAACACGAGAAAGUGCAAGUUUGCCGAGAGGAGAAGAGAGUGCAAGCUUUCGUGCAACAAAGUGCAGCUUAACUGGCAGUUACAAGCUUGCAGGCAGGCACAUAGAGCAAGCUUAGUGACAGGAGAGAGCAGGAUUUCAAUCAGAAAACAGCAACAUACAAGUGCAAGAGAGCACCAAGUUACACACGGGAGAGCUAAAUAAGAAAUUGCCCAUAUGCAGGAAAGAGCAGAAUUGCACAGAAUGGAGAAUGUAAGUGUAUUGGACAGUUCAAGCUGACAGUUAGGAGACAAGCUUAUGGACAGAAGGCCAGUUAGCUGGCAGUAGAGUGAAAGCUUAUUGACAGAAGACCAGUUAGCAGGCAGUAGAGUGCAAGCUUAUUGACAGAAGACCAGUUAGCAGGCAGUAGAGUGUAAGCUUAUUGACAGAAGACCAGUUAGCUGGCAGUAGAGUGCAAGCUUAUAGACAGAAGACCAGUUAGCAAGCAGUAGAGUGAAAGCUUAUAGACAGAAGACCAGUUCGCUGUCAGUAGAGUGCAAGCUUAUUGACAAAAGACCAGUUAGCUGGCAGUAAAGUGCAAGCUUAUAGACAGAAGGCUAGUUAGCAGGCAGUAGAGUGCACACUUAUAGACAGAAGACAAAGUAGCAGGCAGUAGAGUGUAAGCUUACAGACAAGAGACUUGACAGUGAAGAGAGAGAGAGAAUUUGCAGACAGGGGAGACGGAGGGGUAGAGAGCAGAAUCAGACAAAUAAGAGCAGAGAAAGGGAAGUGACAGAGUGAAUUGGAGAAAGAGGGGGAGGGAAUUGAGGGAAAGGCUCCCGGUGCAUUGGUGCCCUCCAAAAAAAUAAGGACAUUUGGGCCUUUUAUUUUAGGAAUGAAUGCUGAUCCCUGUGUGUCUUAUUGUGAUCCCCCUGCCAUGGAUUGUUACUAUAGCCCAGCUCUGCAGGGCAGGGAGCUACAGACUUCUCCUUUUAGGGCAUUCCAGCCCAGUGAUAAGUUUAGCCCAGUUUUCCUGGCCAGUAAAGGACAAGGCUUUGGAGACAAGUCCAGGGGCUCUUUCCAGCAAGAGUGCCAAUCACUGGAUUCCAGUGCCCAGAGCAACACAGGAGAGCAGCAAGGCUCCUUCUCCAAGUACCAGGCACAUCACCCAUCCCAUCAGCACCAGCAGCAGCCGUCUCACCUCUACAUGCAGAGCACCCCUUGCAAAUCCCCAUCAGACAGCCUGAAAGUACAGGAUAGCCCCGGGGACCCCCUGAUACCCUGCUACGCUAAAGAGAGCUCCUUGACCCCAAACAGCGACCACCAGGGAAUGGAUAGUGGAUACAUUACCAGCAAGGAGACUGCAGGGAAGGGCUCUCAAGACAGGGGCAGUGGGGAUCUCCCAAUGGACAAAGCCGACUCUGAGAGCAACAAAGGAAAAAAAAGGAGGAACAGGACUACCUUCACCAGUUACCAACUGGAGGAGCUAGAGAAGGUCUUCCAGAAGACGCACUACCCAGAUGUCUAUGCCCGGGAGCAGCUGGCCAUGAGGACUGACCUGACAGAGGCCAGAGUGCAGGUUUGGUUCCAAAACCGAAGAGCCAAGUGGAGGAAGAGGGAGAGGUUCGGACAGAUGCAGCAGGUGCGCACCCACUUCUCCUCUGCCUACGAGUUGCCCCUCCUGACCCGGGCGGAGAACUAUGCCCAGAUUCAGAACCCCUCCUGGAUCGGGAAUAACAGCGGCGGUUCUCCGGUGCCGGCCUGCGUGGUGCCCUGUGACACCGUCUCCUCCUGCAUGUCGCCCCACACUCACCCUCACUCGGCAGGGGGAGUCUCAGAGUUCCUCAGUGUACCGGGCCCCGGAGCUCACGUGGGGCAGACGCACAUGGGUGGGCUGUUUAGCAGCGCGACCAUGGGCCCCGGUAUAAAUGGCUACGACUUGAACCCCGAGCCAGACCGUAAAAGCUCCAGCAUUGCUGCACUCAGGAUGAAAGCCAAAGAACACAGCGCGGCCAUGUCCUGGGCAACAUGACAGAUCUGCCCGACGCUGGCGCCAAGUGACGUUACGCCCACCCCCCUCUUGUUUGGUUUUUGCCGAGGUCAAAGGUGGCAACCAUAACCGUGGCACAGUCCCAGUAUGCAUCACAGGCCGACCCAAAAGGACUAUAAUAUUUAACUGCAGCCAGAGGGGGAGUUGAUGAAUAAAGCACAACCGUAAUCAGGGAUGAUCAAUCCUAAUAAUCAUGGAGGCCGACCCAACCCCCCCCCCCAGACUCCUGCUCCUUGCACCCCCUGGGCAGGGGAAUAGUGGACCCCUCUGAGAUCAGCACUAUAUUCACACAAAUUCUGGAUUAUCAGCCAUCAUUGAGAUCCGCAGCCAAGUGUAAUCAAACUUUAUGGGACUCCCCCCGCUGCAGCACCAAAAACAGAACCAGGCCUCGGGGAAGGAACGGCUGCCAAGUCCCUGGGAUGAUACAGACUCUCUGUGCUCCAUUGCGGUGUCUCUUUGCUUUAUAACUUUGUGUCUGGAUUUCUUGGCUUCUAAUUCAUUUCAUGUCUGGGGGGUGAGCUGUCUAUAGUUGGGGGCAUGCAGAUGGACUCCCCCGUGUACCCCACGCAUUUAUCUAUUUCUGCAUUUGUGGCAUAGUGUGUAUAGUAAGGCAAGAGGGUGUCAGGGGAAGGGGCUACAAUGGGAUGGUUGUGGGGCGGGUUUGGGCCAAGAAGAUGAGAUCCAGGUGCAAGUUCAGGUGGGUGGAGUUUUGGACUUCUCCUCCUCUCUGAUUGUGUAACAGUUCUGACCCCUCCCCAUGGGGGUCUGAUCCCACCCAUAUAAGGAAGUGAGUUUUGUUGGGUGCAGGGCAUAAAGUAGAAGGUGGCCAUACACGAUAAGAUCCGCACGAUUGGCGAAAUUGCAAAACGACCGGAUCGUAACCCCAUAUGCCCACCAAAGGCAGACCCUAGGGUCAUAGGAUUGGAGGAAAUGGGCGACGACGGCUCGUAGGACCAUGUCAACUAGCCCAUGCAGUCCUCGAUCGCAGGAAAACCUGCCCAAUCGGUAUCAGGGCGAUUUUUGGCCUGAUAUCGAUUGGUGAGACCCGUCAGAAGCCCCACACACGGGUAGAUAAGCUGUUAAUUGGUCUAAAGGUCUGAUAUCGGCAGCUUAAAUCUGCCCGUGUAUGGCCAUUAUAGCUGAAAAAUUUCUGACAAGUUCAGCGUUGGACUGGAGUGUCCGGGGCCCACUGGUGCUGCUUGGGGGUCACUCACCCUAGUCGAGAGCUCCAGCUCCUCCAAAACCAACACCCUCCCCUGAACACCCCUUACUGUACUUCCACUUCUCAGCAGGGAGGGGAACGCUGUUGCCCAUAGUUCCUGGUGAAGGGGACCUUUUUCUGAGGGAGCCAUCCUGGGUCGAAGGGAGUUUUUUCCUGGUGUCCUAUUGGCCCAGUCCGAACGUGGUCCCGCUCACUAAUGGGCAAUAAGACAAGAUGGUGCCACUAACUACAUUGGUGCUGUUCUUGAACGACAGCUCCCUGUACCCACCACUCCCUCAAGCUAUAGUUCAGUAACAGCCAGGGAACAGCAGGUUGGGUUGUAAGAACUAAGCACUGCCUUAUGGGGAUUGGAUAAAAUUGGGCACAGGGUCACUAUCAGAGCCACAGAAGUGUGUCGUGGGCAGAGUCUUGGCAUAAUGGGCAGUGAAUGAAUUUGCAUUGGAACUCCAGUCUACUUGAGUGCCCAGGUGAGCAGAGUCUCAUUGGAGUCAUGAAGCUCUUAAAAGGCAUUUGGGGAAUCAGGGGAGCCCUAAGCUGCAGGGGUGGGAAUUCUCACCAAUAUAAUUGCUGACAGCAGCCCCCAUGAAUCAGAGCCUCAGGUGACAGGUGGGGCCCAUUCACACUCCUCUAGAAGAUCCACAGGUAUUAGGCAGCGCUAACCGGGAAGCUAUGUUUCUCCCCACUGGAUUAAGUGUUCUCAUCAGCUCCACAGAUUUCCUUAUGUUCCAAGCACUUGGAGUCGCUCCAGGGAAACCAUUUCUGCACUUUAGUGCAACCAGACAGGGCCCAGCUUGUAAAUUUCCCCUUAAGUGCCCGGCUGGAGUGACACCCGGCGUCUGCUGGGGCGGCCGAGGUUUUCUAAGCUUUGAUAUUUAACCUAAAAAUGUUUUUUAGAAUUGGGGGGGUUCAGGAGUCAGAAUCUGCAGUGGAAGCAGCAAGGCUGGAAACCAAGAAUCUUAUGUUUCAGGCCCAGACACCCAGGCAUUAGCAGUUAUUUCUUUCCUACAUUUGGGAGCAGAAGGCCUGAUUUAUUUCGUAGGUUGAUCUGUCCCUAUAUUUUAUAUCUGUUGCCUCUGUCAAGCCUCUUUUGUAUCCACAGGGAUUCAUAUCUCCCAUUGUCCCGUUUUUCAUGGGACAGUCCUGAUUUUGACAGCUCAACCCGCAAUCCCGGGUUUGUUACUGAAUUGUCCUGACUGAUCUCCUGAACUGAAAACGUACAACGUUUCUAAAAUGUAACCGGCUUUUGGCAGAGAGCCCAGAAUAUGUGGCAGGUGCACUUAAAUACAUUUGUAACAAUUUAAGUUAAGCAAAGAAACAAUUGUAACAAUUUAAGAUAAGCAGGUCUCUUGGGGAAACUGUGACUUGCAGCUUAAAGGGCAAUUCACCUUCAUUAGCAAAACAGUAAUACAUAAAACCACAAAAAUGUGUUCAAACUUUCAUAACCUGCCAAAUAUUGUAAAAUGAACCUGGUAAUUAGGGGGUGUGGCCACAAAAAUAGGUGUGGUCAAUAAAUCACUGCGCAUUCCUCUUUCUAUUUCCAAACUGUUGGGAGGUAUGGAGAUUCAAUACCCUAUAGUCCCAUAUAGAGCCCAGUACCUAUUUAAUACUACUGAAGACAAGAUCCUCGUCGGGGGGAGGGAAUAAAAUACUCUUUUGCCAUCGGGAGAGCGAGCGAGACACAAUCUCACUGUAAUCACUUGUAUCUUUAACACAUGCAUCCAUUUUUUUUCUGCUUCCGUGACUUUAAAAAAAUCGCUUUUGCUUAACAAACCUUGGGUUGGACUCACCAUGUAACACUGCAGUAUUAAAGGACAAGUUGUAUAUACGCUCCGGUGCCAGCUAUGUAUAACAGUCAUUUGUGCUAUUAAAGUGCCGGUACUUCUA